AUGGACACCAUCGACUUCGACCUCAACGAUGCGCUGAAGCACUACAUGUCAGACCCGGCUAGCAUCGCUACGCCUGAGGCUGACGGUGCUCUCUUCGACUGCGAAAACGACCCCGAAGCCCUCACACUUCCUGUGGUCAACGCGGUUCUGAACCCCAUUGUCGACUCAAUUGCCGAUAACCCGGACGCAAUCAUGCGCGCCUCCCAUAUGGACUCGUUGCAGUUUCUCCUCAAGUUAGCCCCCAUUUCCCUUCACCUCUCCCCAGAUACAGCGACGUUGGGACGAAAUUCUGAGCUAGAAAAUCCCAGAUACACAGCACACCUCCCCACCCACGCCCUCAGCAAGAUCUUCGACCUGGUCAUGAGCGGCUUGAGCGCAGAGGCCGACUCUGUCCACUCCGAUAUCGACUCCCCCGACGAGCAGGACUCAGUAUCCCACCAUAAGAAGUUACUCGAGAUAUAUGCCUUCCUCCUCCAGUGGACGAUUGCUGCUGUCGAGACCAAGGCUGCUGAGAAGUCUUCCACAGCGCCUGCUGCCAGAGGUCGUGGAAAGGCCAAGAAGGGAGCAGCAAAAGACAAGGAUGCGGCUUGGGACUCGGCUACGCAGCUCCAAGCGGCCUUGGAAGUUAUGUGCAAGGUCCUCAAGCUCAAGCUCUCCAAGAUCUUUCUUACCACAAGCGAGAGAGAUACUUUUAUCGGUCUCCUCACUCGCCCGGUGUAUAUGGUUUUGGAGAGCGAGCAGCGGGUCAAAGCCACAGCUAUCCGUAUGCACUGCUUCAAGGUCCUGUGCAUUGCCGUCAAGCAUCAUGGACACGCAUAUGCGGCGCAAAUCAACAUUAUUCAGAACUUGACCUACUUCGAACAUUUGUCGGAACCCAUGGCCGAGUUCCUCCACAUCUUAGCAGAAACAUACGACUAUCCCCAGCUCGCUGAUGAGGUGCUGAGAGAGAUCAGCAACAAGGAGUUCAACUCUAAUGAUACCCGAGGCCCUAAAUCUGUUUCUUCAUUCAUUGCCAAACUCUCCGAAUUGGCACCCCGACUGGUUAUUAAGCAGAUGACCAUGCUUGCGAAGCAAUUAGACAGCGAGUCAUACACUCUCCGAUGUGCACUGAUUGAGGUCUGUGGAAACAUGGUUGCCUAUCUCAGCAAGCAGGACGAGCGCAGCGAGAACCACAAAUCCCAGCUGAACGCCUUUUUCGACGUUUUGGAAGAGCGAUUCCUCGAUAUCAACCCUUACUGCCGUUGCAGAACUCUUCAGGUUUACAUGAAACUUUGCGAUCUGGCCCAAAAGUUCCCCAAGCGACGACAAAAGGCUGCCGAACUUGCCUGCAGAAGUUUGGAGGACAAGAGCAGCAAUGUCAGGCGCAAUGCUAUUAAGUUGAUUGGCACACUCAUCAAGACACAUCCGUUCACAGUCAUGCACGGCGCACAGCUGUCUAAAAAGGAAUGGCAGGCCCGUCUUGACAAGGUGCAGGAGGAACUGGAUGCUCUCAAGCCCCCACCUGGCGUACCUGGAUUUGGAGGCGAGCAAGCCAACACCACGGUCGAUAACGAGCUCCUAGAUGAGGCUACACAACUUGGCUCUCCGCAGAAGCCUACCCAGAUGACUGAGGAGGACAAGGUCGCUGCUAUCAAGAGGGCCCAGGAGGAGGCUGCCACAAGCGAGGCUAUCGAGAAGCUCACUCUGACCAGGAGAUACUACAAUGAGGCGCUCAAGUUCAUUGAGGUCGUCCACGAGGCUACAACCACCAUCUGCCAGCUUCUUGGUUCAAGGAACAAGAGUGAAGUCAUCGAGGCCAUUGACUUUUUCGAGGUUGGCGACGCCUACAACAUUGAACAGAACAAGGUCGGUAUCCGACGUAUGCUCCGUCUCAUCUGGACCAAGGGCAACAGCGAUGAAGGCAAGGGAGUCCAAACACAUUUGAUCGAGUGUUACAAGCGACUCUUCUUUGAAGCCCCUGACUCAUUUAGCUCCAAUGAUGCGGCUAAUUACAUUGCACGAAACAUGAUCAGUCUGACCUUUGGCGCGACUCCUGCUGAGCUCACCUCGCUUGAGCAGCUUUUGGCGACGAUGAUGAAGGGUGGCAUGAUUCCCGAGGUUGUCAUCAACAAGCUGUGGCAGGUCUACGGUGUGCAGAAGCGGGAAAUUUCACGAACUCAACGACGAGGUGCUAUCAUUGUCUUGGGAAUGUUGGCGACCGCGAACCCUGAGAUUGUUGUGGGUGAGAUGGAGACUAUGCUUCGAACUGGUCUUGGUGUGCAUGGGCGCAAUGACCUUCAGCUAGCCAAGUUCACAUGCAUUGCUUUGAGGCGAAUCAACCCCACGGGUCGACAAGCCAAGGAUUCACCUGUCAAGUUCUCACGAUUGCCUAACGAUCAUGCCGUAUCGGUCAGACUUGCUGCCAUCACCGAGGUGCCUUCAGAUAGCAAGGAGUGGUACGGAGUGGCAGAGCAGGCUAUCAGCGCCAUCUAUGCCAUCUCCAAGCAUCCUGAUAUUCUCUGUUCUGAUCUCAUUCGACGAAAGGCACGACAGGUCUUCGGACAAACGCGUUCUCCGCCAUCUUCGCAGCCCAACUCCCGACCUGCAUCGCGAGAUGAGGCGCAGGAUGCUCCAAGUGCAGACCAGGCUGAGAGUCAGGCUCAGACCCAGACUGAAACUCUUACCCAGACCCAGAGUGAGAAGCCCAAGAAGCGCGACAACGCGAUUGCCCUCUCCCAGCUUCUAUUCAUUGUUGGUCACGUCGCCAUCAAGCAAAUCGUUCAUCUUGAGCUGUGUGAGCUCGACUUCAAGCGCAGAAAGCAGGAGAAGGAGAAGCAAACGCCUGCAGCAAAUGACAAGGACAAGGAGGAUGCAGAUGAAUUAGAUCUCAUUGGAGGCACAACGGAAGAUGACUUUACAGAAGCCAUGGCACACAUUCGUGAGCGAGAGCUUCUAUACGGACCCAACUCGUUGUUGGCGGUGUUUGGUCCUCUGGUGUCAGAUAUCUGCGCCAACAACACGACAUACGCCGACAAGGGACUCCAAGCCGCUGCGACCCUCUGUCUCGCCAAGCUUAUGUGUGUGUCUGCCGAAUACUGUGAGACGAACUUGCCACUUCUCAUCACCAUCAUGGAGCGAUCGCCCAACGCCACAGUCCGAAGCAACGCUGUUAUUGCUUUGGGAGACAUGGCUGUUUGCUUCAACCACCUUAUCGAUGAGAAUACGGACUUCCUGUACCGCCGACUGGCUGACGACGAUGCGUCGGUCAAGCGUACCUGUCUCAUGACUUUGACUUUCCUAAUUCUGGCUGGACAAGUCAAGGUCAAGGGUCAACUCGGAGAGAUGGCCAAAUGUUUGGAGGAUGAGGACCGCAGAAUUGCGGAUUUGGCGAGAAUGUUCUUCACCGAGCUCAGCACCAAGGACAACGCUGUGUACAACCACUUUGUCGAUAUGUUCAGUCUGCUCAGUGCAGGUGGCAACAUGGAGGAAGAGAGCUUCCGCAGGGUUGUCAAAUUCCUGCUUGGCUUUGUCGAAAAGGACAAGCAUGCUAAGCAAUUGGCCGAGAAGCUUGCGGCUCGACUUGGUCGAUGCGAGACAGAGCGGCAAUGGAACGAUGUUGCUUACGCGCUGGGCAUUUUGCAGCAUAAGAACGAGGAGAUCACAAAGCUGGUGUCAGAGGGUUACAGAGUGGUUCAAGCAUCGGCUUAA